AUGGAACAUUUGACAGGCGUGGUCAACAGUUUAGUUGCCGGAGUCCAGGUUCUACGAACAGAGAUGGAGCAAGAGAUCGGGACAAUGUCAGAAAACAUCGAGAACAAGAUCACAGCAGUAGACUAUAAGAUUCGUGGGCUAUCAAGAGAGGUCAAAAAGGUCCGUGUAGUGCCCGACCACACCAGGGCUCACACGACACGGGUAGGCAACAUGGUUAGAGCCUCGCUGAUAGACACAGAGGAGGACCAGAGAGAUCUAGUGAUGAACUCUACCACCCGCCAAGAGCGCACAACCGAUGAUAAUAUCAGACCAACCAACAUCAUGCUAUACCUCGAAGUCAAUGGUGAGAUCUUUGGACGAGUCAAUAUUCGCACAGCGGUAGAUGUCGACGGAUUCAUGCUCCACGCCGCAUUCCUCCGCAGUAUUCGAACUGGCAGCCUCAUCACGAUCCGCAACGAAUCCUUGCCCGAUACUACAAUAAAACAGCCAUUCUGA